GGAGAGUGUGUAUUGUCACCAGUGCUUUCUCGUCGCGGACAGUAGGAGGAGCAGUACUAUAAUUUCUGAUGCAGAACGACAAGAAAGAGCCCAACAGAACAAGUACGCAAAGUUGCUCCACCCAGUUCCCGACGCGACCGGCGUAGAAGCGAUUCCGCUUCAUGAGUUGGAACAGAUGGUGGCGAACCUGGCGCCAGCAGUUGUAGAAAGGACUGUUGGUUCGGACACCGGCGCAACAAAUAACGUCGAGCAGGGGUCAACCCAUGAAACGUCUAUCGUCCAGAUCCUCCAGCAGGCGUUUAUCCAGCUGCUGGAGCUGAAGCAUUGGCUCCGGUCAAAAGACCGCGAGGCUGUCCAAGAAGCUGGCCAGAACUGUUUCCUGGGUUACUUCCUCUCCCUGCACUCCGGCGAGCUGUUGCAGUAUGAAAACGCGGUGCCAAGGAAAGCCUUCCUGUACGCAUUAGUCAGUCCGUUUCUUGUGGACGACCAGACCAGCAGCGGAAUCCACUUCAUCACCCGUUUUCAACUGUGGCUCGACCGAUUAGCCUACGUGUUUGGCGUGUUUUCGCAAAAGAGUUUGCACCAAUUGGAAGUGCUGCUCCGCGUCAGUGGCGCUGACGUGACCGUAUCGGCGAAGAAAUUUUUGCAGAUCUCGCCCCGGGCUUAUGAGGUGUUGAGCAGGAAGAAAAAUUAUCUUCAGGAGGAUGAAAAACA